AUGACCUUCGUGUGUGCGGAAUGUGGUAACAACAUCUCUAGUGUAACAUGCCGUGUAUGCACCGAUCUGCCAGUCGGUGAACUGCCGGCGGAAGUGUGGAAACGAUCAGCCCCUACUCACAGUCCAUCAACAUUACAAAAGCGACAACAACAGAAAAGGGACAAUAUUGCACAAAGAAGAAUCAUUACUAAUAGGUCAACGUCUCAUGGUUCGCCUACGCGAAGUGGUAGUAAUAACAGCAAUUCAUAUUUAUAUGGUCAUCCUCUGUCAACCACCACACUACCCCCAUUGCAGACACCUCCAAAUAGAAAUAAUCACGGAGCAGAAACGAUGUCCCUUCCUGCAGUGGUAUUUAAAAAGAGGUCUCCAUUUGAUACAAUGAAAUGGCCAGAAAAUGGACAUCUUCCGCCACUUACAAAUAGAGAGACUGAAGAUAGGUCUUCCAGUGAAACUGAAAAUACAGUUCACUGUAUACAGUUUCAAGGAGAUGUAUGGGAAGCUGUACUGCCAGAGAAGGAAAAGGAACUACAUGAAGCUUUGGCGCAGGACAUAUCUAACACUCUGCGUUUUCCUUGUGUCGCAUCAGUCAGUCUUACAGAUACUUAUGGAGGAUUUUUGGCGUAUUGCAGCGUGCAGCAUCCAAAAAAUUUUAGUGGAGAGUAUAUCGAUCGAUGCCUUAACAACUAUCACUACCCUGCAACCCGAAAAAUUUACCAGAGCUUGCGGCACCCAUACGCAUCGUGCCCGCCAGCAUUAGAAUGUAACUACUAUGAAAAGGAUGCAUAUACGCAAGGGAACCAACAGGUGAUGAGCAAUUCAAAUGAUAAAAAACCAGUCACCUCAGUUUUUCCAGAAACACUCCCACAGGGCUUCAACAAAGGACACCUCUCUCUAACUACCUCUGCUUCUACUGCAGAAUUCUACAAAAGUCCAAUCAAGACGAAUCCAUCAACAGAAUCUUUGAAUGCUUCUCCGUACCGACACCAGGAAUAUUAUGGUGUUCGCACAUCCCAUCAACAACCUCAUACACCUAUUAACAGCGGAACGGAAACAGGAUUGCGUGAAACAACUGGGAAAUUAGAUUCAUUAGAGAUGCGCUCUAAGAACACACUAACACGGAGUGAUCUGCCGGAUCACGCAGCUCCAGACCAAACAGAUAAAGAGACCCCGAAGACAAUACUAGAUUAUUCUAAUCAUAAUGUCCCGGACACCACCUCAACUCUCCAUGACAAAACUAGUAGAGCCACAACAGUAACAACAUCACCUCACCAGAACCCACCUUACUACGAAGUAAGUAAUCAUAGCUAUGACAAGUCCCAACCUUCAGAAAAAAUAUUAAAACAACAACAAGUGACACUGCAAAGAGAGACAAUAGGUUCAAGUCCUAUUCAAGGUUCUGCGAGACCAGAUGAUGAGAGAUCUCUAGGGCCAUGGUCUAUCUCUUCACCACCACCACGUGAGGCAAUGAUGAUGGACAACCGCAGCGUAAGCUCCUAUCCCGUGCAAGCUCGUCUGCGAACAGAUGAUGAACGGUCACUGGCCCAGGAGUCAAUUGCCUCACUACCACCACGUGAGGCAGUGAUGGUGGACAACCGCAGCAUAAGCUCCUAUCCUGUGCAAGCUCGUCUGCGAACAGAUGAUGAACGGUCACUGGCCCAGGAGUCAAUUGCCUCACUACCACCACGUGAGGCAGUGAUGGUGGACAACCGCAGCAUAAGCUCCUAUCCCGUGCAAGCUCGGCUGAGAAGUAGUUCUGUAACUUUUCUGCAACACCCUAGGGGAACGAACAUUGUGGACGAAAGGGUACUUAUAAAUUCUUUUCAAGGGUCUGCGGGACCAGAUGAUGAGAGAUCUCUAGGACCUUGGUCUAUCUCUUCACUACCACCACGUGAGGCAGUGAUGGUGGACAACCGCAGCAUAAGCUCCUAUCCUGUGCAAGCUCGUCUGCGAACAGAUGAUGAACGGUCA